AUGCGGCUGGCACUUGCCCUUGCUGGGCUCCUAUUCGUCGUCGCACUAGCAGCUGCUGCUGAUAUACAAUGUUACGUGUGUGACGAUUGUGAAAGCGAUUUCAAAAAUAAUGCUAAAACAUGCGAAGCAAGCUCAGGUAAUGCACAGGAAGGUAAUGCACCGGGAGGUAAUGCACAGGAAGGUAAUGCACCGGGAGGUAAUGCACAGGAAGGUAAUGCACCGGGAGGUAAUGCACAGGAAGGUAAUGCACCGGGAGGUAAUGCACAGGAAGGUAAUGCACCGGGAGGUAAUGCACAGAAAGGUAAUGCACCGGGAGGUAAUGCACAGGAAGGCAAUGCACCGGGAGGUAAUGCACAGGAAGGCAAUGCACCGGGAGGUAAUGCACAGGAAGGUAAUGCACCGGGAGGUAAUGCACAGGAAGGUAAUGCACCGGGAGGUAAUUCAAAGGGAGGUAAUGCAGAGGGAGGUAAUGCAAAGAAAGGUUAUGCAGAGGGAGGUAAUGCAGGGGGAGGUGAAACAGGGAGUAAUGCUGGAGGCAGUGAAACAGAGAAGGGUAAUGCAGGGGGAGGAAAUACAGGGGGAAGUGGUGGUGAAUCAGGCCAGAGUUACUCCGCAGAUACUAGCCCAAGCAAAGGUGCUCUUAAUGAAACACCACGAGCAGUUCACAUUGAUAAAAGGUCUAUUCAGAUGUAUGAGAACUCCGCAACGGCGACCCGCGCGCCGUUGUUGAGGUUUGUGCGGCAGGCGGGCGCCAGGGCCAGUGAAGUGCGAUGUGUCACUGCUUCCUUCGAAGAAAAUGGCAAGACAAAAGUGAAGAGGGGCUGCUCUCUGUCGGGGGCUAAUGACGCGGAGAGAUGCAAGGCUCUGAUCGGCUCUACUUCACAAGUGAAAGAUUGCAAGGUUUGUGAAGGAAACCUCUGUAAUGCUGCACCUAAGCUUGCUGUAGCAAUGGUCCCAAUUAUAAUAAGCCUGUUCAUUAAUUUU